AUUAAAAUAUAGUUAUAUAAAUCGACAAAUAUUGUGAUUUUGAUUCGUCACUAGUGGUUUUAGUGAUAAUGUGAACGAAUGUUAAAAUAGUUGCGUGAAAGUAAAAAUAAUGAAGCUAUUUGUGAUGUGUGUAAUUUUCAUGAACAUCUACGUUUUAGAGAAAUGCGACGCCAAAUGCGAUCAGUAUUAUUUGAUAGUCAAAGAAAGUUCCUGUCCACGUGAAAAUUUACGACCACAAAAGAUAAGCGACAUAGAUUGGGAUGAAAUAACCGUUCCAUGCAAUUCAACAGACCCUGAAGUUAUUCCUUUCAACAAAGAAUGUGUUCUAGAAGUAGAAUACCAUGACACAUCGCUUGGAUGCACAAAACACGUGAAGAAAACAAACUAUCAAACUCACACCACAAUACCUGACGAAAGAAUAACAAUAGCAGAUAGAUAUAAAAAUAUAAAACUAUCAACUACUACAAGCAUGACUCCAAGGGCCGAUGAAAUUGAAAUAGCUUAUAAAAAUGAAACUACAAAUGAAGAGAUAGACACAUCGGUAUAUGACGUAAACAUAAUUUACAUAAAUGAUAUGGAAAACGAUAUGAACACUUCCCACUCCAUUGCGGAAACAAAUAAUACACAUGGUGAAGUAAACUGUGAUCAUGCUGAAACUAUCUGCGGUGGUGACGGCAAAAAGGAUAAUUAUAAAGUUAAUGGUUCAAAUGAAACACCAGGAACAGUAAAAAUAAUGAUACUUCGGAAUGAAAAGAGCCCUGUCCAACCCAUAUUUACGGGUUACUUUUUUAAUAAUUCUGAUACACACCUAGCUACACCGUUGAAAGACUUUAAAUCCGUAAACAUUAUAUGUAAUAUUUUGAAACAUUACAAUUGUAAUGCUAACAUAGACAGAAAGCCCGUUAAAGAAGUUAACAUCUAUCUCAAAACUAGUUACGUUCAAAAUAACACGGUAACUAAAUAUUUUAACUGCACAAAUAACUUUACGUCCGAAAUGAAUAAUUCACUUGAUUUAAAAUGCAAUAACACAGACUUUGCUGAACAUAAUAAAUUAACUUUACUUACUCAUCCUAAUGUUACAACUACAGAGAAACCUGUGAAUGUUACGGAACAAAAAAUACUAGAUAGAAUACCAAAUAGUACUUUGGAUAGUCCAAUCAAUGUAGCGAAGUACGAUUUAAAUCUUAUUUAUUUAAAUGAAAAUGAUGAUAAUGUGUCUAACUCUACCCAACAAACUAUUUCCUGUGCUUAUGCUAAUAUUUGUAGUGACACAGACAACCCCGAAAUAGAAACAGCAAAAUCGCUUCAAAUGUCAAUCAAUCGAGAUGACACCAGUCUAAUCCAACCAAUAUUCACGGGUUAUUUUGAUAAUCAUACAAAAAUACAAACAGAUUCGCUGAUCAAAUACUUCAAAUAUGUUACUUUAGAAUGUGCAAUUUUAAUACGUUCCUCUUGCAAGCAAAAUAUUGGUGACGGAACCAUAAAAGACAUAAAUAUAUAUUUAAAAUCAAACUAUGUCCAAAACAAUACAAUAACGAGGUAUCCUAAUUGCACGAAGAACUUAAAGUCUACUUCAAAUAAUACACUUAAUUUUCAAUGCGAUGACAUCUCUUUUGCUGAACACAAUCCCCAUAUAUUACUUACCCCACAGUUAUUGAACAAAACAAAUGAAGUGAAAUCUGACAAUAAAACUGAUGUGAAAAUCAUCAGAAGGGUUUGUGUCGCAGAGGAAAAUGUGAAUAACGAAAUAUAUUUUGAUAACUGUUCAAAUGAUUUAAAUUUCGAUACUGCUAUAAAUGAAACCACAUACAAAAACCACCAAAACAAUACCAAUAACACAGUAGCAGAUAAUUUUGGAAACUCUACAACGAAACCUUUUAGUGCAAUGACUAACGAAUAUUUGAUUCAAUUUCUAAUACCAGCAAAUGACAAUUGUACGAAAAACUUGGGUCAGAGUAUUCUUAAAGGAAAAAUCAUUACCUCUGGCAAUAGUGGCACAAAAACUUAUGAAUUACAUCUAUCGAAUUGCACAAAAAGUAACACGAACAAUACCCAAACGCAAAAGGAAUUAAUAAUAUUUUUACAAGAACCUGCAUCAAAUUCUAGUAAUUCAGAAUCAUUUAACGAAUCCCUAAAAGAAGAAAAACAAAAUAUUAUAUUACAAUGUGAUCUUCUAAAGCGAAACAGCAGCACAAAUAAUGCUACUGACAGAAAUAUUCUAAGAUGCCUAUCCGUAGAUUUGGACAAUCAUGUUAAUACAACAGACAACAAAAUUACAAAAGAAGAAAAGAAAGUCCACGUAAACUCUGUAAGAAAUUGUACAUCUAAAACUGAUUGCAAGACAAAUAAAACUCAUGUUAAAAACAAUGCAAAUGAUAACAGAAAUUGUACUGCAUCUGAAGCUGAUUGUAAAACAAAUAACACUCGUUAUAAAGACAAUGCAAGGAAAGAAGUCAUUGACAAUAAAGAAGUCAAAAAGGAAGUUAGGAAUUAUGCUGAAGUUAAACCUGAUUACAGUAAAGGAACCUUUAAUAGAAGGACAGAUAUUGUCAAUGGGGCAAUGAAGGGCAGGAAUUCUGAAGAAUACAAUGAAGUGGAGAAGAUAUUACUUAUAGGACUUUCAUCUCUUGCUGGAGUUAGCAUGGUGGUGGUCUUGGCGUUAAAAUUCCGUCGCAAGUCAGAACCCAGCGAUGAAAGUGUAUCCCCUCCUGCCUCCGCAGCACGACCAAAUGUAGCAGAAAUGGAUGAAACUGCAUUUUGAGAUCAUAUUAUAAUAGAUUAUUAUUAAUCAGAAGCACUUUACGCAGAUUCGAAUUUACCUAGACGAUGUUUUUCACGAAGGACGAAUUUUUUUUACCAUCUUCCAAAAAUGGCGUUUAUCUCUGCUCGGAGAUGGUUGGCAGUGUAAAGUAAAAACGGUUAUAUUAAUAAUGUUUAUGUAACUUAAGUGUUUGGCUUUAAUUAAUAAUUUGUACAAUGUUGUAAAUAUAUAGAAAUUUUGUUUUAUUGCAGAAAUAAAAUUCAUUACCUACUUUUGAAAUGCAUGACAUUUCUAAAUAUAAUUUUCCUAUUAGCAUAACCACGGCGAUACAUAUAGCAGUUGCAUAAUAAAAUGUGAAAAAAUAUAUAGCACAGCGGCUGACGCAAGCCACAACUCAAUCAAAA